CGCCGGACUAUCAUUUGAAAGCUUCCAAACCCGUCCGGUGAUGCUCCAAAAAUAUUCUGCGGCCUCUUGUUUGUGGCGACAGUUUAGAAUUUAGCUCGAAUACUGCCGCUAAGUCGAUCAGUUGAUUGCUAGUCGCCGAUAAAUUCAGUUGUGGAGGCGUGCGCUACCCUCAGAGUUCUUGCCUUUCGAACUGAGAUUGCAUUUACGCGAACGGAAGUUCCCCUAAUUCGUGGUUUACGUUUCAUCGUCCUAUCAUUUGCUACCAAGGAAUAAAGUGCAUAUUACGUGAAUGUGACUUAGUGACAUCCUUGCAGCAGAUAAAGUCCACAAUGUCGAAAAGGAUGAGCCUGAAGUUUACCGGUGUAGUUCGUGUGUUUGCGGUGCUUCUGUUGAUUUUGGGUUGUGCCAAUGCCGUCAUUGCUGGCUACUCCGCAUCCGUUCAGCAGUUCCAUAAUGAUAAUUCCGAACGAGUGAAUAGUUACAGUGGAAACAUUAGUUCCGGUGCAUAUCAAGGCUACGAACAGAUCUCAAAUGGAUGUACUUCAGAGCGGCUUGUGGUAUACAAGGUCGUCUUGCAUACCUACUGGACCCGGGAGCUAUUCCCCAAGCACUAUCCCGACUGGCGACCUCCAGCGCAAUGGACAAAAACUAUAGGGAGAUCACACGAUUCAUCCUUUGCACUAUUCCAUAUUGGUCAACGUGCGUCGGAAGGUGUGAAGCUUUUUGCUGAGACAGGAGCGACGGACGCUCUCGAGACGCAAUCAAGGCUCAUGUCUCAAUCGCAAACAUUGUCAUCAACACCAGCAUCGUUAUCACCGUCAUUAACAUCAUCAUCAUCUCCAGACUCAUCAUCAACGGUGACAUCUGGAGCAACAUCACCUGCUGAUACUAGCAUUUUCGAUAGCUUCAGCAUCCCGGCAAUCCCCCUGGGAGGUGGACGAAACGAGGCGAAAUUCUUUGUGGACGGUAAUCACAGCCUAGUCUCGCUAAUGACACGAAUUGUUCCAUCACCUGACUGGUUUAUUGGAGUCGACUCCUUUCAGCUUUGUGUCGGUGGCACUUGGAUCGAUACAGUCACAGUCGAGAUGGACCCACUUGAUGCCGGCACCGAUAAUGGCUUUACGUUCACCGCCCCCAACUGGCCGACGGAUCCACAAGGGGUGAUUUACCGUAUCACAUCAAGGUAUCCCGCCCAUCCGGCCGGAAGUUUCUUCUACCCCAAAAGUAAACGGUUGCCGCCGAUUGCUACAUUUCAAUUCAUAAAGCUGAAGGAGUACGAACUCAGUGAGGUGUUCAAUUUCGAAGAGGAUGAGCGUAAAUACGAAACAGUACGAACACGAACGCAAUUAGAAACGGAACACAAUCAUGUGGAAAUGAAUAAUGAGCUAUCAGCCAGUAUCGAACGGGAGCGUCAAAAUGAGGUCACAGUGGCCCCUUCUCUGUCCUCGCCGAAGGAUCGAAUUCGUGCCCGACUAUUGGCAAAAAUGAACGCUUCACAGAAUACGACAAAAGGUUCAAUAGAUAAAGCCACGAAAGUGGUGCCGAAGAACAAUAAGGAGGCCAUCCUAAAUAACAUUGCUCACAACUACGGACUAAGAAAGCACCGGAAACGUGUUAUACGACCCCCGAGGGACUGUCGUGUCGGUCAUUGGUCCGAAUGGAGUCCAUGCAGUAAAACAUGCGGUAUUGGGGAGAUGCAUCGAUACAGAAAAGUAAUUAAAUAUGCGAAACGAGGUGGGCGACCUUGUCCACCCCUUCAGGAAUCGAAAUGGUGCGGCUCAGCGAGAGAUUGUCAAUCAGAAUCGAGUUAUUUCAAUUGGGAAAAUUCAUCGUGAGCAACACCAAUUAUAGUUUUUAGAGAUAAUUAUUAAAACAGCUAAGCAAAGUAAGAUGAUCGAUAUGGAAUAGUAUUUUCGAGCACAUUACUUUUAUUCAAAAAAAUAAAGAUAGAAUAUGGGUAUCCGAAUGUUAUACCAUAGCUGCCAUUGUUGAAGCCUUUUUCGGCAGCUCAACCCAAAAGACGUCAGUGUAGCUGGAUAGAAUUCAGUCAAUCGCAACGUAUUUCAUUACUGAAAAGUUGUUAAUACAUCAUCUGUUAAAAACUCUUCUAACCGUCAAGUCAAACAAUAAAAUCAAUUUCGAUAAACCACUCUAGCUGAAUGUACAUUUUCUAAAAGGAAACCGUUUAACCAAGUCACUUAACUCUCCUUACUCAAUGUUCUGAAAUAUUGAAACUAAACAUAACCCUUUCACCGUAUGAAAAUCAACCCAGAUGGACAUUUGACAAUAUACUGAAAAAAAGUGUGCAUGUCUCUCAGUGUAAUUAACGCCCCUAACAAGUAGCUCUUAAACAAUGUAAAAAUUUGAGGUAAUGUAAAUUGGUAGUCAAGAAUAUGCAUACUAAAUUUAAAAACGUCUAAUAAACAAUAAUAAAUGGAAGCACUUAACAUGGAUAUCAGAAAAAUCAUUAAAAUGUAUAACUCUAUUGAAUAUAACAGAAAAUUAACUCUAAGAAAAAAUAUUUUAAAUUUGUACUAAGUACAUCAAAAUUUAAGAAACUUACAGAAAAUGUACACACGCAUACAUACGAUAGUGAAAGUAAAAUGAAACAACUCCCGAAUGCUGACAAGUGAACUAUUUUCGUAAAUCAAGGUAUCCGAAAGAGACAGCGGAGGCUAAGCGGUCAACUAGGAGUCGACAGUUGUAAAAAUGUGGACGUAUCAAGGCUUAACCUCGAAUGUAAAAUAAAGGGAAAAUCUAUAAAUUUUAAAUAUGAACGGUCGUUUAACUAAUGGUCAUAUUCCAAGGGUGUUAAGAGUAGUGCUGUACAAAAUAUAAUAAUGGUAAAACGAACAUGUCAUGGAAAAUGUAUGUAAAAUUUUUUUAUUUUUGAGAAAAAAGAACAAAUGAAUAAAGUGAAAAUAUAUAUGAAGUGAUGGAAA